AUGGACAAUACCACUACCAUUACCCAAUGCCAUCCAGCAUCAACAGGAAAGGUUGUGAUUGGACUGAUGUUUAUUGCAAUGCCAUUUCAUAUUUUGAUUUCAUACACGUUUGCAAAAGACAGCACACUGUUUCUGCCGCGGCACAGAAUCCUGCUCUGCCUCUCCAUUUCGCAUGGAUUUCAGCUAACAGUCCCAUUUGUAUCAAUAGUUAUCAUGAAAUCUGGAAGCUUACAUGCCCAAGGAACUCCCUGUCAAGUGAUGCGGAGCAUCGUUCAGUUUAGUACAGGGGUGACCAUUGUGGUCUCAAGUUUUACCUUGAUUGCAUUGUCAAUGGAACGCUAUAUUGCUUGCAUUCACGGUGCUCGAUUGCAUCAGAUUGUAACAAAUCAAAGAGUUACUUCUUUGUUGGUGGGUUUCUGGUUUCUCGGAGCUGUUAGUGGAGGAUUGAUUUUCAUUGGUAAGAAAAAGACCGUGGUUGCAUCAACAAUCCUCAGCGACACACCGAAUAUCCAAAUUUUGAUAGUCGUCAUUACGUUCCCAACAUGUCUGAUCCUCAUUUUUGUUCAAACUCGCUUAUUCAUAGUAAGUCGAAGACAGAUAACAAGGGUUAUGCCUGGUAUGGCUGGUAGGAGACAUCCGGAACAAAACAACAUGGGCAGGAGGCAGAUUAAGGUUGCUGUAAUCGCUGGCAUAGUGAUCAUCUCAUAUGUGACAUUGAUAAUCCCUAGCGCAUGUCAUGUAGCUGUGAAUAUAGUGUCCAAUGGCCUAAAACCAUCGCCAGUCAAGAAGAACCUUACUAUUUUAUGGACAUUGAACGCAAUAAUCGAUCCACUUGUGUAUGGUCUUGGAAUGAAAGAUGUCAGGACAGCGAUCAUCAGGCAAAUUAAAAGAAUUCAUUUUUUUGGCUGUUUAAUCCCAUAG